CAGAAAAGUCAGAAUCAGAGGCAAACGGGUAAACGAAGAAGCGCAAAGCAUAGACAUCGAAGGUGCGAGCAGACGGAGGAAUCGUCGUCGGGCCUGUCGCUGAGGUCUGAAUGCGUGCAAGAUUUUCAGUUUCGUUGAUAAUCCGCAAAGACGGUCGUGUGUAGAUUUAUCCGCGGUCCGUGACGGGAAGCAGAUGAAUCUGUCCAGAACGCACAAAAACUACAAACCCUCGAGAAAGUGAAGCAACGAAUCGAAAUUGCGAAUGAUCAAGGUCUCGUUGCGAGACCCUCGAAGUGAAAGAUAGUUGGUGGCUGGCUCGGGGUACUCCCAAAUGCAUACAACUGAGUGGUCCGGAAUUGUUUGUUUGGCCUUAUUUAUCGCGUAAUCCGUUUUUCCCUUCUGCUCAACUCGCCGCCCCAGAAGCGUGAAGUGUGUGCGAGUGGCGUUCGUGACGCUUUUAUCGCAGGGGUGGUUGCCCGAGUCGUCGGGAAAAUAUGCCUGUUUUUUGUGAAUUGGAUUUCGUCCGCCGCACGGGGAAAAUUAUCGAGCAUUGCCGUGAAAUUUGAGUGUAGCCAGUGCAAAGUUGGGCGGAGUAGUUUUCGUGAAAGGGCCGGGUGCAUAGAUUACGGGGCGACUCACGCGAAGGAUAAUCGUCUCGUGCAGUGCGUGCCGUUGUGAAAAGAUAUUCUCAAGUUUCGAUCUACGCAGGGUUCCGGUGGUGGUGGUGGUGGCAGCGGCAAACACAUCAAAUCCUCGCUAUCGUCGUCGCCUCCAAACCACCUCUUCUACCUUGCCCGACUCGACGCCGGGCCUAUCGUAAUCGUAAAAUUUAGCACAAGCGAACUUCAAAAUGGACCAGCCCAGCAUCCUCGUUCGUAUCCUGCACUCGGUGCCGCACGUAAAUGCAACUUUCCAACGAGUGAACGAUACCUUCAACCCGGACAGCGAAGUGUAUUUGGAAAGCCUCGGAAUUCUAGCGUCAAUACCUGCAGUACUUUUAAUUUUAUCUCUGCUUGGUUUACUACUUUAUCUAUUGACGAGGUGUUGUGACCGAAAGCAACGUAAACCUGGUUCACAAAGAUGUCAAAAUUGUACAAUAAUUACGAUUACAUUACUAUGUUGUGCGGCAAUUGGAUUAGGUCUUUACGGUAAUGAUGAUUUCCACAAUGGGCUACUGCAAGCAUUUAGUUCCGGACGAAAAGUUGAGAGUUUGGUUGGCAGUUUGAAAAAACAGACUGAAACGAUAAGGAACGAUCUCGAAGGUAAAGUGCAAACUCAAAAAUUACAGGAUGCUGUCGGUAAACCGAGCUUUAAUCAAACGGCGGUGUUAUUGUUACUGGACACAUGUCAAUGGGUUAAGGACAACACAUCACGAGCGGUAAUAAGCCUCGACAUGGUUUUAUACUUUAUGAAACCGUUAGAACCCGAGCCUGAAAUUUCUCUAAGGAAUAUUUUAAAUCAAGGCGAAUUCUACGAAUCAAUACGUUGGCCAGCUACAUUGGGAUAUUUAACUGUUCUGCUUCUUCUUUGUACUGUUUUAGUCAUUGGAUUAGCAAGACGAUCACGCUGUGCAUUAAUUUUCUUUAGUGUACUUGGUCUAUACGGUAUAAUAAUUUGUUGGCUAUUGGCCGGUAUCUAUCUAGCGACAUCAGUUAGUGUUGGUGACUUCUGUAUGCGACCAACAGAAUUCAUGUGCCGACAAGUUGCAACGAGAAGCCCUGACGAUCUUUAUUAUUUGAACUGCGGUACGUUAAGAAAUCGCUUUAUACUUCGACUAAACGAAUCUAGAGAUUAUGUAGAGAAAGCUAGAGAGUCUGUUUUGAGAGUUGCACGAAUGAGCAGAGAAAUUUAUCCACGAAUCGACAUCACGACCACUACUGAAGCUUUAAGCAAGGAUCUUGAAGAAGCAAGGGGAAGACUGUCUGUAUUAACGGCAAUGUUAGAUCGUCGUUCAAUAGACAAACACUAUGCAGAUGCACUGAAAGGUGUUUGUGGCGGUGGUCUUCUUGGCCUAAGUCUCAUGAUGGCUGCUGGUCUUUUAACGGCGAUUCUACUGACCAUACUCGUAUAUGCUGACUCACAUGCAUGGAUUUAUUUAACAAAAAAGCCUGUCGAUGUUGAUAAAUCCGAGACUGCCCCACUCUUCCAAGAGACAACUCGUUGCACAACUUCUCCAGUAGGUGGAGGCAUUGGCACAAUUAAUCGUACUUUAUUACAUCAUCAACAGAAUCAUACCGCACCAAGCGCACCGCUGACCAGUACGUCGAGCCAACAUAAAAACGGAUCAGCUGGAUAUAGAGGGUUGGUGCCUAUGCCUACAUAUGAUAGCGAAUCGCCCCCGCCUGAAUAUAAUGAUUUGGUGCAUGGAAAAAGCUACUAGAGGAGGCACCUCAUUACAAUUUUACAUAAGAAAAUGUUUAAUAAUAUGUUGAUAUAACAAUCCAAUGUUUUUGCCACAUUUAGUUGAACAGUGUUUAGUGCACUUGUUUGCUACUUAAUACCGUAAUCAAGGCAUAUUUGCAAAUUGUUUUAUUUUUUAGUUGCUCUAACAAAUCAUUUGAAAACCAUUGAUAACUAUUCGUAAAAAGCUCAUUCCUUAAAAACGUUGCCAUCAAUAAUUAAUGUCAAUAUGGUUUUACUUUUGCAUUGUAAAAAAUCAUCUAUAAAUUGUAGUAGUUUCAUCUUUAUUUUGUUAUUUGCAAAACAUCACUUUAUUUUUGUGACUUAGAUUGAGGAGCAGCACUAACUGUGAACUUAGUUGUUUGCUACUUAAUAUUUAUAAUGAAUAUCUGAGAAUAAUGAUAUAAUUUUUGCAUACAUUGA